UGACAUAAUCUGACGUUGACUCACUGUGUUUACGGUGUGAAAUUCAUUGUUCAAUCGGCAAAGUUGCGGAACGUUUCAUUUCGACGCAAUAUUUUUCAUUAAUUUAUAAAUUUAUUUAUUGAGCUCAUAAACAAGCCGAAAGUAUCAAUUAUGCCACAUCCAUUGGGUUCGUCGGAAAAAACACCGGUCGCUGCAUUGCAUGAGUUUUGUGUACAGAACGAUGAGGUGUUGAUGUUUGAUGAAAAUGUGCAACAUAAGACCGAUCUCAAAAUGUUCUCUUGCAUUGCAACUGCGUUCGAUUUGUAUGCCAGAGGCUCGGGCCGAUCGAAAAAAGAAGCCAAACAUGAUGCUAGCGCAAAAUUAAUUGCUAAGCUGAAAAGUCUGGAUCGAUUCAAACAUACAUUUCAAAAAGUACCGAUAACACCACGACCAACAUCCGACAGUGAUGCCGUCAUGGCUUUACGUGACAUCUGUGUCCAGCGAAAUUGGCCACUUCCGACAUUUCAUUAGAUGCAAUCAUGUGGACAGCCCCAUGCGCCGAUAUUUACGUACGUUUGCCAAAUAGCAAGUAUCAAACGCACCGGCACAUUUUCAACGAAAAAAGGUGCAAAGCAAAUCGCUACUCGCGCAGUGAUCGACGUCGUACAGAAUUUUGGACUAAAUGAGGAACAAAUGCAAGUUGCGACUGUUGUUGAUGCUGAACAAAAGGAAAGGGGCGCCGUUGAUGCUGAACCAUUGCCCACAUACAAUGAACUCAAAGAAUCACAGGCAAAACUGUGGACGCCACGAAUACGCGAUCGACACAACUAUUUUCUUCAGCUACCCAAAGACGACCGAAAUGAAGCCGAAAAGAUUUUGAUGGAUGAUUCAUCUACCAUCUAUGGCACCAGCAAAAACAAGGUUGAUCUGAUAUGCGCUGCUCUCAAACUCAAAUACAACGUCAUCGAUAUUCCGAACCAUCAACAAGAGUUCAAGGUUUUCUACUUGCAUGGCAAUCAUGACUGUGUUAUUGCGGCCAAAGAAACAGACGUGUACGACCGCGUCAUUGAUCAUUUCAAAACAAUGCUGAACCUUCAGAAAUUUUGAACAAUCAUCUUUCAAAGGGAGUCUAUUUAUACGUCUAUCUAUUUUGGUUGAGCAAAAAAUGUUGCUUUUUAUGAAUAUGACUGAAAUCUACAGUUUUAGAUGUUAAUAUCGAAAUACAUUUAGAUUAAGUCAUUUCAGUAAUGAUAUCCGAAAGUCGGAACUAAAUUCUCGGGACUUUCACUAAAUUCAUUCAUUUAUGCAACUUUGGAGCAAUAAAUUACUUUCAAUGUAAA